UACAUCCGAUUCUGCACGUACAGGAAGCUGCUGUCAAAGAUGUGAAAACAUAGCUACAAGCACAAGGGUUUUAAACGACAGCAGGAUACAUAGCUACCUGCUUUUAAAAACGUAAUCUUUACUCUACACCCUCCGAUUAACUCUGGAGGAGGCUGUUGCUUUGCUCGAACUAUAUUUAGUUGUAAUGAUAAUUUCAUUCUCUUGGGCUGUUUAUUUUAUAUUCGUCUCAAGACCAGCAAUGGGAAAAAACUACAGAAUCAACUGAAGCUCUGACAGUAGGGAAUGGUGACCUUCCUGUUUGACUGAGCUACAAAAAGGAAGAGGAAUACAAUGGAUUUUUCAAAGUUCCUGGAUGAUGAUUUUGAUGUGAAGGAAUGGGUGAAUGGUGCCUUUAAAAUGGUUCAGAAGGAUGCCCCAGGGAAGGCAGAUGGUCACGCAGCCACACUGGUUAUGAAACUUCAGCUCUUCAUCCAGGAAGUCAACAAUGCCAUAGAAGAGAGCAGUAACCAGGCCCUUCAGAAUAUGCCCAGGGUGCUACGUGACGUGGAGGCUCUGAAGCAGGAGGCUUCCUUCCUGAAGGAGCAGAUGAUCCUGGUCAAGGAGGACAUCAAGAAGUUUGAGCAGGAUACAGUCCAGUCCAUGCAGGUCUUGGUGGAGAUCGAUCAGGUGAAGUCUCGCAUGCAGCUGGCCGCCGAGGCUCUGCAGGAAGCGGACAAAUGGAGCACGCUGAGCGCAGACAUCGAAGAGACUUUCAAGACUCAGGACCUGGCCCUGAUCUCCUCCAAGCUCACCAGCAUGCAGAGCAGUUUGGCCAUGCUGGUGGACACCCCCGACUACUCUGAGAAGUGCGUCCACCUGGAGGCCCUGAAGAACAGGCUGGAGGCCCUGGCCAGCCCCCAGAUUGUGGCCACCUUCAAUUCGCAGUCUCUGGACCAAGCAAAGCUGUGUGUGAAAGUCUUCACAGAGAUCGACAGGAUGCCUCCCUAUCUAAAGUCCAACGUUUGCGUUUUGACUGUUCCUCUUUUGUUUUCGCUGUCCCCAGACCAAGCAAAGCUGUUUGUGAAAGUCUUCACAGAGAUCGAUAGGAUGCCGCAACUCCUUGCCUAUUACUACAAGUGUCACAAGGGUCAGCUGGUGGGCGUGUGGCAGGACCUGUGCCAGACCGAGCUUGGCCUCGGCAAGCAGCUGGCCGAGCUCUACGACACGCUGCUCUCCACGUGGCACUCGCAGCUGCAGUGGAGCAGUCAGGUGUUUAAGAACCCGUACGAGGUGGUGACCGUGCUGCUGAUCCAGACGCUGGGCGCCAUGGUGCCGUCUAUCCCAGUGUGCCUCAGCACGGCCAUGGAGCGCGCCCCCCAGGAGGACAAGCUGGAGACCCUGCUGGAGCUCCACCAGACCGCCGCCAACUUCGGGAGGAACCUGGAGGCGGCCAUGCUGCCCCACCUGGGCGAGACCAACCUGCUGAAAGUGGCCGAGCUGGUGACUGCCCUUUAUGACCCCUACAAGCCUUACCAGCUGCAGUACGGGGAACUGGAGGAGUCCAACCUGCUGAUUCAGAUCAGCGCGGUGCCCUUGGAGCGUGGGGAGGUGAUAGACUGCGUGCAGGAGCUCAGCCAGUCCGUCACCAAGCUCUUCGGCCUGGCCGGCGCGGCUGUGGACCGCUGCGUCAAGCUGACCGACGGCCUGGCCGUCUGCGGGCUGCUGAAGGCUCUCAAAGCGCUCUUCACCAAGUACGUACUCAAAGCGCUCUUCACCAAGUACGUGUCGGACUUCUCCAUCACCCUGCAGUCCAUCCGAAAGAAGUGCAGGCUGGAGGACGCCUGCAGCGCCUCAGCGUACCAGGAGGACUGGACCGCCUUCCAGAACUCGGUCAGGAUUAUUGCCACUUGUGGUGAGCUGCUGAGGCAGUGUGGAGCGUUUGAGCAGCAGCUGUCUAACAGGAUCCUGGCCACGGCCGGUAGGUACCUGUCAGAAUCCUACAGCCCCCGCAGCUUGGCCGGGAUACAGGAGGCCAGCUCCGCAGACAGGAAGGCCUCCGCUAAGAACCCCUGGCAGGAGUACAACUACCUGCUGAAGGGGGACCCCGCCGAGUACGCCAGCCUGAUGGAGAUGCUGUACAACCUGAAGGAGAAGGGCACGGGUAACUCCAGCCUCCUCACCGAGCCCCGCGCCGCCCUCACCCGCCUCAACCAGCAGGCAAACCAGCUGGCCUUUGACUCCGUCUUCCUGCAGAUCAAGCACCAGCUCUGCCUGGUCUCCAAGAUCGAGAGCAGGAACUCCAGUGGUAUGGGAGAGAGUCUGACAGAGGACCUGCCCACCUUCAGUCUGUCUCCACUGGAGUACAUCAGCAAUAUUGGCCAGUACAUCAUGUCCCUGCCUUUGCAUCUGGAGCCCUUUGUCACACAGGAGGACCCAGCGCUGGAGCUGGCGCUGCAUGCUGGGAAACUGCCCUUCCCUCCUGAGCAAGGUGAUGACCUGCCUGAGUUGGAUAACACUGCAGACUAUUGGCUGGGCUCAAUCGCCAGGGCAACGAUGCAGACGUACUGUGAUGCCAUUCUGCUGAUCCCUGAGCUCACCCCCCACUCCACCAAGCAGCUGGCCACUGAUAUAGACUACUUGAGCAACGUGAUGGACGCUCUGGGUCUCCAGCCCUCACGGACCCUGCAGCAGAUAGUCAGCCUUCUGAAGGCCAAGCCCGAGGACUACAGACAGACAGCCAAACCCCUGUCCCGAAGACUCGCCUCCUCAAUAGCUGCCAUGAGGAAUAUUGAUUACUGAACGGGGAUGGUGACCAAAUGAGAUACAGACCUUGGCAGAAGUCAGCUGGCCUGCUACAGUUGAGGGAGGGGUCAGAGAGAGCUGAGGGGAAGCGGGCCACCACUCAGCGGAACGCGUGAAGAAGAGGUCGCUGAUUCACUGGCAUGUUCCUCGCAUGCUCACCGGCAGGCCUGAGAACGCUGCAGCAGUUCACGUGGGAAACUCACCCUACAUUUGAGCUGACUUGCAGCAUAUCCUUUCCUGACUUGUUUUUUUUUUUUUUUUUGUGCAGCUGCUCUGGCUGCAGGCAGACAAUAAUUGAAGGGUAGGGACCCUGGGGACCAAGGAUGGUUGGGAAUCAUAUGAUUUAUGUUUAAAAAGGCAGAGAGCCUAUUGUCACAGUAAAUCAGCCUCAUUUAAAGAAAAAUACUGGAUUUUCAAGAACUUGGUGUUUUAGCUUGAGCUUUUAAGCACUAUAUUGCUACUCAUGACGGUUGACAUUUUCUAUCUGUGUUGACAUGAGCUUCUUUUUCUUUUUUUAAAUAAUUGAAUUUUUGAUGUAUUAGUUACUGUGUUUCAUACUGCUUAUAUGUAAGAUCAAUGUAAAGUCAUAUCUUAUGUCCAAUUUAAACAAUUGUAAUCUGAUAAUAAUAGGGAUAUGAAAUUGUUUUGAUGUCUUCUGAUUCAUACAGAUUGCUCAAAUCUCAAUAAACAUUACACUACCUUCUGUGUCA